AAUAGCCAAGCCUCACCUACAAGCGAGUGUUUUGAUACCAUUCCAUCACAUGAAAACCGAUGCUUCCCACCAGUGCAUAAGUGGAAAAAUAUCUCGCAAUAUGUUCAAAAAGGAAAUCUGUUUGAAAAAGGCAAUCUCACAUUUCAGCAGGGUGCAUACUGUCGCAUGAUCAGGAUUCGGCUCUCCCUCUGCUUUUGGGGAGGAGCUGCUCUGAGACGCUGUGUUUGCAGAGCUCUGGUGAGGGGUUAAGAGGGGAGAUACAACAUUAGGCUCAAACCUGGUCUGGACUUGGACAGAUACUCAACCUCCAUGCAGUGCCAGGAGCUCCUCGUCCAGGGCCUGAGUUUGGGGAUGAUCCUGGGUGGGGUAAUGCACUUUAUAUGUCUCAGGAAAUCUCACGCUGCCUAUGGCCGCUACGUGGACACCUCGGGCAACUCCAUGAUGGUGCCCGCAAGGCUAGCCUGGUUCCUCCAGGAGCUUCCCGCUCUCUUGGUGCCCCUGCUUUUGAUGCUGAUCACGGAUGGAAAUCCCAGCACUGGGAAACACCUGAUGCUCUGGACCUUCUGCUUGCAUUACUUCCAAAGGAGCUGCAUCUACUCUCUGCUGACCAAAGGGCGGCCGUAUCCGUUCAACAUCAUGCUGUUAGGGAUGGUGUUUUGCUCUAUUAAUGGCUUCCUGCAGGCACACUAUCUGCUGCAUUGUGCUACAUAUAACACCACAUGGUUUUCUGAUGCCUGUUUGCUAGCCGGCCUGAUCAUAUUUUUCAUAGGAAUGGGAGUCAAUAUUCACAGUGACCACAUUCUUCGCAGCCUGAGAAAACCUGGAGAAAUUACCUAUAAAAUCCCGAGAGGCGGCUUAUUUGAGUACGUGUCUGGUGCAAAUUUCUUUGGGGAGAUAGUACAGUGGCUGGGCUACGCGGUUGCUACGUGGUCCUUACCCACAUUUGCUUUUGCUUUUUUCACAAUUUGCUUCAUUGGCCCAAGAGCCUAUCACCAUCACAGGUUCUAUCAUGAGAAGUUCAAAGAUUUCCCCAGAUCAAGAAGAUCUCUCAUACCCUUCAUCUUCUGAGCAGACAAAUGUAGUUGCGUUCUGACAGAAAUAAAUAAUUCAUCUUUUUAAUUGCUACAGUGUACACCUGUCCUUUUGGUUUGUUUUCAUUGCCUGAUUUAGCAUACAGUAAGUGGGAAUUAUUGGCACAAAUAGGAACAUUUAUGACUUGAAUAUGUUACCAGAUUGUGUGUAAUGGUUUUGACUUCCUCUAUGAUAAAGGAUUUAUUAUAUAAAAAGGACAC